CCCAGCCUCUCGCCCUGUCCUCGGUGUCAGGGGGACGGGCCGGCUCAGCUGCGCUUUAUGGUCCAGGAGGGGCUUCUCGGAGCCCCCACCAUGCCGGCCGCUCCAGGGUGCAGGGGCUCGCUCUGAGCCUCGCCGGGAGGGUGGCGGGGGCAGCGGAGGGGCCAUCACGGCAUCGCCGGCGGCGGCGGGAGGAAUGGAAGACAACUUGCCCUGCCUGGCCGCAGCCUGCGACCCCUCGGCGCUCGUCAGCUUCUGCACGGAUGACAGCAUCUCAGCUGCAAGCACAUCUGAUGUCCAGGACCGUCUUUCAGCCCUGGAGCUGAGGGUACAGCAGCAAGAAGAUGAAAUCACUGUGCUAAAAGCAGCAUUGGCUGAUGUGCUAAGGCGUCUUGCUAUCUCAGAAGACCAUGUAGCUUCUGUAAGAAAAUCAGCACCAAGUAAAGGUCAGCCGAGCCUCCAUGAAGCUAUGUCAAUGUCCUGUAUAACUAAUGGGAGUACAGGAAGCAGGAAAACAAGCCACAGUUCAUCUGUUUCUGUUGCCAGAAAAGAAACCUUUUCAUCUGCUGCAAAAAGCAGUACAGAAAAAAAGAAGGAAAAGCCUCCAGGACAGAAAGAAAAAAAAGAGGAAUCUCAUUCUAAUGAUCAAAGUCCACAAACUCAAGCAUCACCUUCUCCCCAGCCCUCCUCACAGACUCUCCAAACACACAGGCAAACUCAAGAAAGCAAGAGUUCUGCUCCAGCUAAAAGCAUAAAGAAAUCCUCAACUGCUGAAAAAUCUCACAGUGCUUGGGAGGGUUCAGAGGACAGUCGUAGCAAGCUGCUGAGAGUAGCAUCAACAUCUAAGUUAAUAUCAAAAGUGGCAAAGAAUGCAGACAAGCAUAAAGAUGUCAUCAUCAGCCAAGCAAAAAUGUCAACUCGUGAAAAAAACAGCCAAGAGGGAGAAUAUAUCAAGAUGUUCAUGCGAGGUCGACCAAUCACAAUGUUCAUUCCUUCUGAUGUACAGAACUAUGAUGAUAUUAGAACAGAGCUGCCUCCUGAAAAGCUAAAACUGGAGUGGGUCUAUGGGUAUCGUGGAAGAGACUGUCGAGCCAAUGUUUACCUCCUUCCUACUGGAGAGAUUGUCUAUUUCAUAGCAUCAGUGGUGGUAUUGUUCAACUAUGAGGAGAGAACUCAGCGGCACUACCUGGGUCACACAGACUGUGUUAAAUGUCUUGCAGUUCAUCCAGACAAAAUUAGAAUUGCAACAGGACAGUUAGCUGGAGUGGAUAAAGAUGGAAGGCCUCUGCAGCCCCAUGUUAGGGUGUGGGACUCGGUGAGCCUGGUGACACUGCAGGUCAUUGGCCUCGGGACGUUCGAGCGUGGCGUGGGCUGCUUGGAUUUUUCCAAAGCGGAUUCUGGUACUCACUUAUGUGUAAUUGAUGACUCCAAUGAGCAUAUGCUCACUGUGUGGGAUUGGCAGAGGAAAUCAAAAAUAGCAGAAAUAAAGACUACAAAUGAAGUUGUUCUUGCUGUAGAAUUCCAUCCAACCGAUGCAAAUACCAUAAUAACAUGUGGCAAAUCUCAUAUAUUUUUCUGGACCUGGAGUAGCAAUUCAUUAUCAAGGAAGCAAGGGAUAUUUGGGAAAUAUGAAAAACCCAAAUUUGUUCAGUGCUUGGCUUUUCUGGGAAAUGGUGAUGUGCUCACUGGAGACUCAGGUGGGAUAAUACUUAUAUGGGGCAAAACUACCAUAGAAUCUACUGCAGGAAAAGGACCCAAAGGAGUAUAUCAGAUAAGCAAACAGAUUAAAGCUCACGAUGGCAGUGUCUUCACACUCUGUCAAAUGAGGAACGGGAUGCUGCUAACUGGAGGUGGGAAAGACCGAAAGAUUAUCCUGUGGGAUCAUGAUCUGAAUCCUGAAAGAGAAAUUGAGGUUCCUGACCAGUAUGGAACAAUCAGAGCUGUAGCAGAAGGAAAAGCAGAUCAAUUUUUAGUGGGUACUUCACGAAACUUUGUUUUGCGGGGAACAUUUAAUGAUGGUUUUGUAGUAGAGGUACAGGGACAUACAGAUGAACUCUGGGGACUGGCAUCCCAUCCUUUCAAAGACUUAUUUUUAACUUGCGCCCAAGAUAGGCAAGUUUGUAUGUGGAACUCUGUGGACCACACGCUGGAAUGGACCAGGCUGCUAGAUGAACCGGGGCACUGUGCUGACUUCCAUCCCAGUGGAGCUGUGGUUGCGAUAGGAACGCAUUCGGGCAGGUGGUUUGUUUUGGAUGCAGAAACAAGGGAUCUGGUUUCAAUACACACUGACGGUAAUGAACAGCUCUCGGUGAUGCGCUACUCAGUAGAUGGCACUUUACUUGCAGUUGGAUCCCACGACAACUUUAUUUACCUCUACGUAGUAACAGAAAAUGGAAGAAAGUAUAGCAGAUAUGGAAAAUGCACUGGACAUUCCAGCUAUAUUACACACCUCGACUGGUCCCCAGACAACAAAUAUAUAAUGUCAAACUCAGGAGACUAUGAAAUAUUAUACUGGGACAUUCCAAGUGGCUGUAAGCUAAUCAGGAAUCGUUCUGACUGUAAGGAUAUAGACUGGAUGACAUACACUUGUGUGCUAGGCUUCCAGGUGUUCGGAGUUUGGCCCGAAGGAUCAGAUGGGACAGACAUAAAUGCCCUUGUCAGAUCCCAUAACCGGAAAGUGAUAGCAGUUGCUGAUGAUUUUUGUAAGGUCCAUCUCUUUCAGUAUCCCUGUUCCAAGCCAAAGGCUCCAAGUCACAAAUACAGUGCUCACAGUAGUCAUGUGACAAAUGUCAGCUUCACCCAUAGAGACGGUCACUUGAUUUCAACUGGAGGCAAAGACAUGAGUAUUAUUCAGUGGAAACUUGUGGAGAAGAUAACUCUGCCACAGAACGACAUCGUCAUAGACAUAGGUGCAGCUAAAGCGCCCGUCCCUGCCAGUGACAAUGCUGCACAGUCUUCUGCACCUCUCCCACAGCCUUUUAAUGAUAUGAACCCAAAUGAAAAUGUAACUGGCAGCUCUCCAGUUUCUUUGGAGAGCAACCUGGAGCAGUCUGUGGAGGCAAGCGAAGAGCAAAGUGAGGAGCAAAGCGAAGGGAGCAGCCUGGAUCCCACUGAGCCAGGUUAUGAGGAGCCCUCCAAUGAGAUAAGCGAGGAGCACAGCGAGUCCACAGUCACUGAAGAGCAGCAAGAUAACUCACCAGUGUCUUAACAGUCACAGCUCAGGUGGCUGUUGCCUUCCCUUGGUGUGCAUGCUUUCCUUACAGGGUGAGGGUUCAAAUAGGGAAAAGUAGCUGAGAUUCAUGACCACUCCAGAGUUUGAGUUUCAGUGAGAUUUUUAGUCUGAGCUUCAGUUCAGUGUGUGGAACCAUCCCAAGCAUCUGUGUCAAGAUCUGGUCGCAGUUAGUAGUGGACAUUAGAUUUGUUUCAGUUCUGAAAUUGCUGUCAUGAAGUGGCAUGAACUAUAUACUGGAAAAAAGGUUAGCUCUGAGAAGUAACAGAAAUAGACCAUCUUAGUGAUGUGCAAGUGCUUUCUGAAAUGAGUUUACCUGCUGGGAAGCUCUGAGCUGUUCCAACUGGGGAGUACUGUGCUGCUUUUUCCAGGUGCAAGGACAAACAAACAAACAACCAGAAAAGCUCUAUGUAGGGGCUGUUUUCCUUUGGUUUUUCUUUAUGAGAAAAAUAGUGGAAAACCAUGUAACAACGCCACAGGCAUGGCGAGGCCUUCCUCAUCUAACACAUAUGCAAUUUUCUAACACUACUAAUUCCUCAUGGAGUCUGGAUGUGUUCCCAAUUGGUCUGCCCUGGGUGCUGCUAGUUCUGAGGCAAAUCCUGUCAAGAAACAGUAUCAGCUGUUCUGUUUUCACAGACUACUUAAUAACAGACUAAACAAAUACUGGCAUGUCUCACUUUUCAUGACCUGAAAGUUGAUUCAAAGUGUAGGACUUCGUUGUCCCUUCAAAGAAUUGCUCGCCUAGAAAGCUUGAAACUUGAUGUGAUCAGCAGAGGAAGCAUGGUAAGAACACAGAAAUCAGAUGGGCUUCAAAGUUAAUCCUUAGGCCUUCAAGCAGAACUUGCUCCAUCCCUAGAAGGAGAAGUAUAAAUACAGUUAAGUUAAAUUAUUAAAUUGGUGCUUAGGAUUAGUGCAUUUAGGUUGAUCUUUUUUUCUUCUGAAUUUUUAGAGGUAACUCUAAGAAUCAUUCAGCUGCAUUCUCUACUUUUUCUUUUUUCUCCCCCCCCCUGUUUUUCUCCCUGGUUGCUUUAGUGAUGUAAGCAUACAGUAAUUUAGAUGAUGAUGUGAUUUGAUUUUUUUUUUCCCUUAGACUUGCUGAUCUAUCAUUUUUGUGAAUUUCUUUCCCACUCCACCCCUCCUCCCCAGGUUGCUCUAAGGUCUGCAGCUCUCAUGUGGCUAUACCUGGCCAGUUUUGGGAUAUCUUGGCAUUUGUUCUGCAUUUGGAAAGUUGAUUUUUUUUUUUUUACACAGUUUGUCAGAUAGCUACUUUUUGUUUUUAAAGUGUAUACAUUUCCUACGUUUAAAAGAUAUAGAUUUACUGUCAGAUACCCAUUUCUUACGUACUUGUUUAUAUUUUGAUUACAUAGGAUUUUCUUCUUUUUUUUUUUUUUUUUUGUUAACUUGCUGCAUUGUGCUGAUAUUUUAGUUCUUAGAAUAUCAUCUUUAGAAACUUUGGAUGAGUUCAUAAGUCUUAAAUCGUGCAAGCGUUUACGUGAUUGUGCCAUUCCAAAGUGCAUCAAAACUGUCAUUCCCUUACUAGUAUCUUCUCAGGAGAAAUGCUACAGAUCAGGUAUUUAGUCAUCAUUUGGAAAGAUUUUUUUUUUUUCAUGGACUCCCAAAGGACAUUUAGAACAUUUAUAUAUAAAAUAUAUAAAUAUAUAUAUAUACACACACAUAUAUAUAUUAAAAAAAUAUCCUCUUGUUUACAACAGUUCCAGAAAACCUCAAAAGUAAUUCCCUUCAGAUGGAGGGGGAAACGGAUUCCAAGCAACCCAUCUGUUUAAACUGUGCUCUGUACAUUGAGUUUCGCUGGAGAGCUCUAGUGUAGACUUGUACAUUUGCCAAAAAGCAACUAUGCAAGUUCAAGGUCAACUCAUCAAAGCUGUUGGUUCCAAAUGAGGAAUGUGCUGUACAUUUAGAAAACAGUCAUAGCAAAGGAGAAGGAUUGUAGAGGUAACAGAGGCACAGAGCUCUCGCUGACGUUUCUAUGAACUCCACGUAAGCAACAUGUUUCUUCUUGUACCAUCUGUCACCUGGGGUUGCCAUGUAAAGUGAGAGUUAUAGUUGUGAUAUUCUUGUGUUCAUAGUUCAGAAGACUCUACUAAUAUGCAAAAAGCCUUACAGCUUUCAAUUGCUGGCAACUACUGUUUAACAAAGAAUGAAAUCUGUGAUAAUGGGUGGAAAUGGGUGGGAUUAUGUAACUGUAGAUGUUUUAGGAAAACAAUUGUGAAUUAAUAAUGAUUACGAGUGUUUCAUGUGAAGAUGUUUGAGCCAUUUCUAUCUAUCAUGCAUUCCUGUCUCAAGGCAGAAAUUUUUGAAGAUUAAAAAUAAAAUAAUCAAAACGA